GGGACAUCCUCUAUAUCGGAAGGUAGUAUAGGUAUGUGAUGCACCUUCCAACAUUAACGGUUCUAGCUAAAUUAGUACGUAGGAGAGAUUCUUCAUUAUUGCUGAAUUUGGGUAGCAAGAAAAAGCAGAGUGCAUUCUAUCAAAGAAUGUCCGAUCCCGGCAAGUCCCAGCCAAUGACAGCCAAUGCAGAGUGUGGGCGGGGAAAUAGCGGCCUCCCACUGAUCGACUUUGGGGGACAGCCACCGAUUCUGAGGCAGUCUUCUACUACAGUAGUCAAGACGUUAUACUUCUAUCUUUCUUUCCACUCACCUACAGUAUCGAUUCUUGAUUUUUUUUUAAUCAGCCCACGUUGCUCUCCAGACCCAUCGGUCCAAAUCCUUCUUACCGACCAAUCCGUGCGCCGCAGCUUCUCACGCGUCUGCCAAGACCCGAGAGCGGUGUUCCUUCUGGGGCUCUCAUUGCGACGAAAGUGGUUCUCUACGGGCCUGUGGAUGAAGUUUUAGUCCUCAGUAGUAUGAGAGGAAGUACCACUUGGACUCCUUCUUUUUUUAUUCCUGACUCAGGUUUAUCCUUCCACAAGGUCGGCAAGGGGAAGGAAGAGCUUUCUUACCAGAAAAGCAGACGGUACGACAACCGUGCGACAACACAUCCGAGCCAUGUCUGCAAGGGAGCAACCUUCAUCUGAUCAACACCUUAUCUUUCCCUGGAACUACUACUAAUUAGGAGAGAGCAGCAA